AUACGCAACCUUCCUUAGUAACUACUCAUCCGUCGUGAAGAGAGUAGGGGCUCAAAUUUCCAGCAAAGAACUUUGGUAAAUAAAUAAAGUUUUUCCAUCAUACAAAUAUUUACGGAGAUUUCGUGGUUUGAUUUCUGCCUCCAGAGGGGGUUUCCUAGGGGAGUCACUUCAGCCAACACUCAAGAUGCGUGAGAUUAUGCACGUUCAGGUCGGCCAGUGUGGCAACCAAAUUGGCUCAAAGGCGGACGUUACGUGCCCCGCGCGGCGCUGGUUGACCUGGAGCCAGGCUCCAUCGACUGGGUCAGGUCUGGACAUUUCGGCACCAUCUUCCGACCUGAUAACUUCGUCUCCGGCAAAGGUGGCGCCGCCAACAACUGGGCCAAGGGUCACUACACAGACGGAGCCGAGCUGGUGGACAACAUCAUGGAGAUCGUGAGGAAGGAGUCGGAGCAGUGUGACUGCCUGCAGGGCUUCCAGCUCACCCACUCGCUAGGGGGCGGCACCGGCUCUGGACUGGGGACACUCGUCAUCAGCAAAAUCCGCGAGGAGUACCCGGACCGCAUCAUGUGCUCCUACUCUGUGGUGCCAUCGCCCAAGGUCUCCGACACUGUGGUAGAGCCAUACAACUGCACGCUGGCCAUCCACCUGCUGGUGGAGAACACGGACGAGACGUAUAUCAUCGACAACGAGGCUCUCUACGACAUCUGCUUCCACACGCUGCGCCUGACCACGCCCACCAACGGUGACCUCAACCAUUUGGUCAGCGCCACCAUGUCAGGAAUCACCACCUGCCUGAGGUUCCCUGGCCAGCUCAACGCCGACCUCAGGAAACUGGCCGUCAACAUGGUUCCCUUCCCGCGCCUGCACUUCUUCAUGACCGGCUUCGCUCCCUUGACAUCUCGAGGCUGCCAGUGGUACAGGCGAGGGUAUGGACGAGAUGGAGUUCACGGAGGCCGAGUCCAACAUGAGCGACCUGGUGUCCGAGUAUCAGCAGUACGAGGAGGCCACGGUGGAAGACGGGAUCAACUUCUACGAGGAGGAAGAAGAGGAGGCCUAACACCAGGAAUCUUCCCUCGACGCCAUCAACUUUUGUUACAAAUUUUCACUCCGACCAUGAAUAUUCUUUCCCCGAGGUUAUCCCAGGAUGUGAAGUUGAAAUCUCCACGAUACAAAGAUGGGAUGAAGUGGUUUCUACACGUCUGCACAGCUUUCCCAAUGCCAAACGGACACGGUCAUCAGGUCAGAAGGCACGUAUUCAACUCAGCUAGUUCAUCGCCUGAGUGUUGUAGCUGGAUUUCUUGAAAUCUGAGCAAUAAAUUAGCCCCUAGAGACUCUACUACUGAAUGUUAUCUCGUUUACGGCUCUUGAUUUCUUUCCUCUCUUUUUGGGGAGGGGGCGACAAUGAACUUCUUACAACCCAAUAAAGGAAAUUGUGCAACAAACCGAGAA